GGGGGGGAAUUGACAGCCGCCUCUAUUGAUUUCAAAGCGGGACUGCUGACUACUAUAGAUGAUAUUGAAAAGGAAUGAAAAAAUAGAGAGAAUUGACAGAAAAAAAAUAUUUGGGAAAAAUGAGAGAAAAAAUAAUUUUUUAAGUGAAGGAGGCGAAGGAGGAAAGAAAGGCCAAAAGAGCGUUUUCUUUUGUGCCAGCCGGGAAAAAUUUAUUUUUUUUGUUCUUUUUAUUUUAUGUAUUUUUUCUUUUUUUUUCUAGACUACGUUCUCCUCAUCAUCUUCUUCUUCUUGUCCUCCCACGCAUUAACUAAUAUAACCACUUAUUUUUUACUGUUUUAU